AUGAGCAGUACUUUGGGUUCAGACUCCAUGAUGGACGGCAAGUCGGCCCCAAAGGUCGAGACCAAGUUCUACACGAUCGAUGAAGAGACUGAAAACCAAAUUCAAGACGAAGCCUUUGAAGUCUUCAAAGAUUCCUUGAAGGAGGAGUUCACUGAGGCCGAAUCCCUGGCUGUUGCGAGAAAAAUCGACUAUCACAUCCUUUGGAUUAUCUGUACUCUGUACGGUAUCAACUAUGUUGACAAAGCUGCCCUGGGUUGGGCCGUGUUGUUCACUUUCAAAGCAGAUCUCGGUCUUAAAGGUACUGACUAUUCUUGGGUCUCUUCUAUUUUUUACUUCGGUUACCUGGGUGCCCAAUAUCCAGCCUCUUAUCUUCUGCAACGUUACCCAGUGGGUAAGGUUAUCUGCGCUGCUACGUUUCUGUGGUCUAUAAUCAUGCUGUGUCAUAUGGCCUGUACCAACUAUGCUGGUAUACUCGUGUGCAGAUUUUUACUUGGUGUAUUUGAAGCCCCUGUUUCUGGUGGUUUUGUUCUGUUCACUUCCCUGUUUUACACGAGAAAGGAGCAGGUCACCAGAACUAUGUACUGGGGUUCCAUGCAGGGUAUUUUCUAUGUCAUCUUCUCGUUUGUUUCGUAUGGUCUUGGUCAUGCCACCCACUCCAAGCUCAACGAGUGGAGACUGGUCUAUCUCGUCCUUGGUCUGGUUUCCUUGCUUGUAGCAGCGGGAUGGUACAUCUUCGUUCCUGACACCCCAAUGAAAGCCCGCUUCUUGAACGAGAGGGAAAAGGCUAUUGCUGUUAAACGUGUGUCCGGAAACAUGAUGGGUGUCAAGAAUACCGAGUGGAAGUGGGAUCAGAUGAUCGAGUGUUUCGUUGAUCCAAAGACUUGGUUCAUGGUCUGCUUCAUCAUCUUCUCCAUGAUUCCUAACGGUGGUCUUACCAACUUUGGAACCCUCGUUCUUUCAGACAUUGUUCACAACAGAUUAACAUCCAUUGCCGUUUCUGUUGGUUCCUCAUUCUUCUCUUCUGGCCAAAUGUUAAUCUACUCCGUUUUCGCAAUGAAGUACAACAAUUUGAGAACCAUUGGAAUGUCUGCUCCUCUUCUUCUUGCCAUUGCUGGUCUCUCGGCCGUCUAUGCUACUGAAUCCCACGGAGCCAAAUGGGGAAGAGUUUUCGCAUACUGGAUGAUCAACUCCUAUGCUGUAACUUGGCCAUUUGCUUUGUCGAUGAUUGGAAGUAACUGGGCCGGUCACACUAAGCGUGCAACCAUGUCCAUGGUUUUACUUAUCUUCUUUGCUGUUGGUAACAUUAUUGGCCCAUUCUGCUUCACUAAUGCAGAUGCUCCUAAGUACACCAAGGCCCUGGCCACCAACUUGGGUUGUUUCUGUGCUUGUUUUGUCGUUGCUGUGCUCUUCAGAUUUUAUUUGAUUUGGGAAAACAAGAGAAGAGACAAGUUGCAUGGUAAGUCUUCUUUGGAGUCCAUCAGUGAAGACGAGAGAAUGGAGGCCAUCUUGAACGGUAUGAAGGACAUGACAGACGGAAAGAAUACCGAGUUCAGAUUUGUCUUGUAG